CACCUUCACUACCACAUGGAUUUUCUGUGCAACAAAGCAAACGACAAAUUAAAUAUCAAAAUAAUGCAACGCUUCUACAAUUGAAAAAACCAACUUUUUUUGUCCUAAACAUCAUCACUUCUUCCACUUAGAUUCUCCCAAACAAAGAAAAACUCUUCAACUUCUGUUUGUUCAAUUGCAUGUCAUGGAUUCAAAGUCACUGUGCUUCAUAACCCAUCAAGAAAUUUUCAAUGUGGUUCGAUCUGGGGACCGUGAAGGACUCAAAGAGCUUCUGAAACAUGUUAGUAAAGGUGAAUCCUCAAGUGGGUCAGUGUCAUCAUCGUCAAUUUCUGAGUUCAUGUUCAUGCAGAAUGAUGCUGGAGAGACGUUGUUGUAUAUAGCUGCGGAUUGUGGUGUUAAGGAGAUUUUCAGCUUCUUGUUGAGUUUUUGUGAUUUGGAGAUUCUCAAAAUCAGGUCUAAAUCUGAUAUGAAUGUGUUUCAUAUUGCAGCAAAGCGUGGCCAUUUGGAAAUUGUGAGGGAGAUUUUGAGGAUUUGGCCUGAGGCUUGUAAUUUAUGCGACUCGUCGAACACUAGUCCACUUUAUUUUGCUGCUGUUCAAGACCGUUUGGAUGUGGUGAAUGCUAUUUUGGAUGUUGAUGUUAGUUCAAUGAUGAUAGUAAGGAAAAAUGGAAAGACUGCAUUGCACAAUGCUGCUAGGUAUGGAAUUCUUCGCGUUGUAAAAGCACUUAUUGCGAGGGAUUCGGCGAUUGUUUGCAUUAAAGAUAGGAAGGGCCAAACAGCACUGCAUAUGGCUGUUAAAGGACAGUGUGCCUCAGUAGUUGAGGAGAUUUUACAAGCCGACCCGAUUGUAUUGAACGAACGAGAUAAGAAGGGGAAUACUGCUCUUCACAUGGCUACUCGGAAAGCUCGUUCGCAGAUAGUGAGCUUUCUGUUAAGCUAUACAUCUAUGAAUGUCAAUGCCAUCAAUAAUCAACUAGAAACAGCGUUGGAUUUAGCAGAUAAACUUCCGUACGGAGACACGUCUUUGGAAAUCAAGGAAGCACUUUCGGAAUGCGGUGCCAAGAAUGCAAGACAUAUAGGCAAAUUGAAUGAAGCCAUAGAACUUAAAAGAGCAGUGAGUGACAUAAAACACGAGGUGCAGUCACAGCUCAUACAGAACGAAAAGACUCGCAGACGGGUUUCAACUAUAGCUAAGGAAUUGAGAAAAAUCCAUAGAGAAGCAAUUCAAAACACCAUAAAUUCUGUCACAGUAGUCGCUGUCCUUUUUGCAUCUAUAGCAUUCAUGGCUUUGUUCACAUUGCCAGGUCAAUAUAAAAUGAUACAACCCGAGGCAGGGAAGGCGAACAUAUCGCACGAAGUUGCGUUCAGUGUCUUCUGUCUUUUGAACGCAACGUCUCUUUUCAUUUCUCUUGCAGUUGUUGUUGUUCAAAUCACUUUGGUAGCUUGGGACACAAGAGCUCAAACGCAGAUCGUGUCAGUGAUUAACAAGCUUAUGUGGAUGGCUUGUACGUGCACUUGUGGAGCUUUUCUUGCAAUAGCUUUUAUUGUUGUUGGAAAGGAAACAUGGAUGGCUAUUACAGUAACUGUUUUGGGAACCCUAAUUCUAGUUGGGACUCUUGCAUACUUGUGCUACUUUGUGUUUCGGCGACAUUUUGGAUUCCAAAGGGAAUCACAGAGAGGGAUAGUUAAGAGACCAAGCGGAAGCAAAUCGCGGUCAUGGUCUUACUCGGCACAUAUAUCAGAUGAGGAGGAAUAUAAUUCUGAUGUUGAGAAGAUCUAUGCUCUAUGAGAGGAGUGAGUGUGUUACCGUGAACAUUGAUAUUGUUUCGAGUUUUUAAACUUCAACGGAUAUUCGGCCGAUAUAGAGAUAAAGUGAAACUGUGAAAAUAUGUGCUCAUGUUAUGCAAAAUUUCAACAUGAGUUAUUCACAAGAAUUUAGCUGCAUAAUUUGCAGCUAGCAAAUAGGCUUUACUGAGAAAAUUGUUGGAUUUCAUAUUAUGGUCUGAUGUGGAUAUGUGUAUAUAAUAAAUAAACAAAUAACAUUAUUUCUAACCAAGUUGACUUCAGUCAGAAAGACAACCGUGCAAC